CGCGAUCGCUCCAAGAUGGCAGCUUCCACGGCAUCACAAUUUCUGAGGAUGUGGAGCAUACUGUUUUUCGCCUGUUUCUCGUCUAACGUACCAUGUGGUUCCUGUGAAAAGACAAUUAAACUUGUACAUUUGUUGUAUCGUCACGGUGAUAGAUCUCCUGUAAAAGCAUAUCCAAACGAUAAUUACACGGAAGACACAUGGCCCCUUGGUUUUGGACAGCUCACUGAGAACGGAAUGGACCAACAUUACGACCUGGGACAAUGGUUAAGAAAACGAUACGUGACGGACUUGAAACUGUUUGAUGGUACCUACCGGCCGAAGCAAUUCUACGUUCGGAGCACAUCGAAAGAACGGACCAUCAUGUCGGCACAGUGCAACUUGCAGGGAUUCUUUCCUGCUGCUUCGGAGGGAAGGGAGUCAUCAACUCUGUGGCCACCAGUGCCUGUCUUCUCUACGGUAAAUAAGGGGCAGGAUUAUCUGCUACAUGCAACCAAACUAGAAGGAUGUGACACAGCGAGUGAUUUCUUUCAGUACGUAGAAAACUGUCCAGCGAAGCAAAAGUAUAUAAAAGAUAAUCAAACUUUCUUUGAUAGAAUUCAAAAGAAUGCUGGGUUUCCUGACGAUGUAGUGUUUAGAAACUUCUCUACUCUCGCAGAUACAUUACUAAGAGAGAAAAGAGACGGAAGAAAAUUACCAGACUGGGUAGACGAUGAGACGUUCAACAGAUUAAAAGCUACAUUAGAUUUUGCCUUUGAAGUAGAGUACUCCAAUAUGACAACAGACGAAAAAAGGAUUAAUUCGGGUGUUUUAUUAACAGAGAUAGUUGGGAAUAUGAAGGCUCAUUUAAACCAAUCAAACAAUGAUAGUAGGAUAUUCAUGUACUCAGCGCAUGAUACAACCGUAGCACCAUUUUUAGGAAUGUUUGGUGUCUUCAAUAAUGUAAUUCCUCCCACUGCAUCCUGUAUAUUGGUAGAAUUAUACAGAGAAGACGAUGGUUCACAUACAGUGCAGUUAUUAUUUAGGAAUGACACUUCAAAGCCUCCUUACAUCCUCAGGUUCCUCGAUUGCAACGAGGUAUGCCCUGUCGAAAACUUUUUCCACAUUGCAUCGCCUUUCCUGGUCGAUGACAUCGAUGCAAUGUGCAGGAGAAAACCACCUUCGUUGCCUCUUCAUGUUGAAUGGAAUAUAGGCUGGAUGUUAGCAGCAAGCACCUUGGCUUUUGCAGCCCUUCUUCCUUUUAUAGCCUGCGUGAUACUCACUUGCGGCGUCGGUGGGCGUCGCCGUUUAUAUAACUCCAAGAAACGCAUGGAACCCAUCAACUUCCAUCUCCUGGGCGGCAACAACAGCGAGUCAGAAGACGAGAGCGUGUUUGACACAUGACCCCACGUCAAGGAGUAGAUAGAGUCUUGUGAUCGUUUAAUUG